CUUUAGCAGUUGGCAAAGAAAUUUUCACUCCAAACGCUGAAGAAUUUAUUACAUUGUUGGCUCAGACUCAACAAUCUGUUACUGAACCUGAUGAUCCUCAAAUAUCGUACCUUAUUGCUUCUUGGGCCAGAGUAUGCAAAGUACUUGGCGAGGAAUUUGUACCUUAUUUGCCCAUUGUUAUGCCUCCUCUAUUGCAAUCUGCUCAAUUAAAACCAGAUUUUGCUAUUUUAGAUCCCGACGAUGAUAUUGAAUCCAAAUACUCGGCCGAUGACGGCUGGGAAUUUGUUGGAGUAGAAGGACAGCAAAUUGGUAUCAAGACUACUGUAUUAGAAGAAAAAUGUACAGCAGUAGAAAUGCUUAUUUGCUAUGCGCGAGAACUUGGUUCUUCAUUUCAACCAUACGUUGAUAGUGUUCUGGAAAUUGUUUUGCCUCUAUUGAAAUUUUGCUUCCAUGAAGGUAUACGAAAUGCGGCAGCCGCGACUAUUCCGCAUCUUCUUAACUCAGUCAAGAAGGCUAAUGCUAAUCAGGAUUAUGUUUUAAAUAUGUGGCAUACAAUUGCAAAGAAAAUAAUUGAGGCUAUUAUGGGAGGGCCUGAUCCUAGCUUUUUAUGGCAACUAUAUAUUACUUUCUACGAAUCAUUGGAAACAGUUGGUGAUAAUAGUCUCGACACUUCUCUAUUGGAAGCGUUUACAAACGCUACUGAAGCUCAAUUGCAAGAAUUCUAUCAGAGACUAAAGCAACGUGAACAAGCUCGACAUAGUGGCGAUUAUGAUGCUGAAGAUGAAGACAUUAUAGCCGAAGAGGAGGCAACCGAAGAAGGUGUUCUUGGCGAACUUUCAAAAGCUAUACACGUUGUUUUGAAGACUCAUCGAACAUCUUAUCUUUUAUCAUUUGAUAAGUUGCUACCAAUCGUCACCACAUUUUUAGCUGACGCUAAUCCAGCUGCACGUCAAUGGGCGUUAUGUGUUAUAGACGAUGUUGUUGAAUUUACUGGCCCAGCAUCAUGGAACUAUCAUACUCAUUUCUUGGAAAAGAUGAUUGCAUCUUUAUUGGAUAUAGCUUCCGAUGUUAGACAAGCUGCAGCUUAUGGAAUUGGAGUCUGCGCGCAAUUUGGUGGCGAAAAUUAUGCAGAUGCUGUUGCAGCUGCACUAACACCUUUAUUCCAAGUAAUAAAUUCCGAGGGUUCACGGAAAGAUGAAAAUGUUUAUGCAACAGAAAACGCGAUAUCUGCAAUUUCCAAGAUUUUAAAGUAUAAUCACAGUAAAUUUGAUGUUAAUGCAGUAAUUCCUGCUUGGUUUGCUAGUUUACCUAUUCUUUAUGAUGAAGAAGAAGCAGCACAAACCUAUACUUAUUUGCUGGAUUUGUUAGAAUCUCAACAUCCUGCAAUUUUAGGCAAUAAUAAUGAGAAUAUUCCUCGUAUUAUUUCAAUCUUCGCUGAGGUACUUGCUGCAGCAAUAUUACCAGAAACCGUUUCAACAAGGAUGGUUAGUGCGGUGAAAGUUAUUCUAAGUAGCCUUUCAGAUGACGUCAAAGCGUCGUUAUGGAAUUCUAUCGAUCCUGAAAAUCGAAAAGCAUUACAGAUUAAAAAUGAAAUUGAUGAGACACUUCGGCUUCGAAAUAAAAAAACUCCAGAUCAAGAAGGAAUGAUAGAAAAGCAUGAAAAAGUAGAACAAAAGGAAGUCAAAAAAGAAACUCCGUUGACUCCUAAAGAACAAGCAAAAUAUCCUUGGAUUCAGACUAUAUUAAUUUUAACUGGUUGCAUUGCUUUAGCUUAUAUGUUUUUACCCUCAAUGACUUCACAAUAUCCUUUCGAAGAACUUGCUAAUUCAACAACACAAUUAGUUGAAGAUAUUAUUAAAGUAGAUUUACCAUCAUCUGGUACUGUAAUGGAUGGAACAGUAUCAAGUCGUAGAUUUGCAAAUAUAGUUGAAGAUAGUCCGGCAUUCAAAGAGACAGGUCCAUCCAUCGCAAGUCUACUUCGAAAAUUUUCUGACAAAAUAAUGGAUGCAGGAAUAGCAUUAGAAGAUAUGUAUCGUAAAGGUGACAUGUUAUUUUGGGUACUGAACAAUGAAAUUUCUGAGAUGAUGAAAAAACUGAAUCCAAGCUUAUUUGAUAGCUUUUUUGAUAAGGAGGAUGAAGCAUUUUUUAAAAGUCGUAUACAGGAGAUGAUUAAUAAUAUCGAGGAAUUUAGAAGAAAAGUUACUGAUGCAAGAAAAGCUAUUGUUGAUGCUGAAGAAUACAGAGGUCCUGCUGAAAAGAAGGUUCGACAAGGUAUUGCAGAGGCAAUGAAGUUUAUUCAUCGUGGUCCAAACAUUCAUGAGUAUAGGCUUAAGUUGAAUGAGGAAGAAUAUUAUCUGGAAAAAAUUGAUGAUGAUAAGGCUAUUGAUGUGUUGAAUGCAAGGGAUGAAUUAAAGCAUGCGGAAAACGUGUUAAAAGUUUUAGAGAAAAGUCAUGAAGCUUUGGAUUUAAUUAAUAAGAUUUUAUUGAGUUAUAGAAAUAAAUUAUAUGAUGUUGAAGCUCAAUUGGACAAAACAAAGAAAAGUAAAAUAACUAAAAAGGAUUUGGGAAAAUUAGAGAAAUUAGUUGAUAUGUUGAAAGAUAGUCAACAAAAAUUCAUUGGUAAAGAUACGUUGGGUGAUAAAGAUAGCACAAAAAUUUAUACAUAA